AUGGCUCUUAUCCUAGGUAUUGGGAUAGAUGAUCUUCCUGUGACAGGAACAACUAUGACUAGUCACGAGACCAUGGAAGCCGAAUGGUUACAUCAAUUUGGGGUUGCUCCAAGAGCCGAUCAUUGUAAAGGAAGUUACAUCAAGAUGAUCUGGAUUAGAAAUGUGAAAGACAGGUUACAUCUGAAUGAUAGAGUUUCCAUGGAGAAGUGCGUGAAGUGUCAUAUAUUGUUGUUUGGGUCAAUCUUGUUUGCUGAUAAAUCUGGGUCAGCGGUUUACUGGAAAUUUAUGCCACUGCUUUGCGACUUCACUCGAAUUCAUGAAUCUAGCUAUGGUUCGGCAUCCCUAGCACAUUUGUACAGUGUAUUGUGCAGGACAUCGCGCUUUGCCUGUAAAGAGUGUGACGGUCUACUGAUAUUGUUACAUAUCUGGGCUUGGAUUUGCAUUCCAGUUCUUGCCCCGAUUCCUGGUGCCCCGCAAUUUUCCACUUGCUAA